AUGGCGACAUUGUACGAAUCUCGCCCCACCGAGUUGUCCUGCAUCUACCCAGAAGCAUGGGCAGAUAUCUACGGCCAUAAAAACAGUGCCGAGCGAGAGUUCAGCAAAGACCCGACAGAUUUCCCUAUCGAUGCGAGGCGCAGGGAAUACAAUAUUAUCUCCUCCAACCACGAGAACCAUCGACGCCAACGCAAGCUGUUGUCUCAUGCCUUCUCCGAACAAGCCAUGCGCGGUCAAGAACCUUUGUUGAUGCAGUAUGUGGACCUGUUCAUCCAGCGAUUGCACGAACGGAAGGAUGAGCCUGUCGACAUCAUCCGAUGGCUCAACUUUACCACCUUCGAUAUCAUGGGUGAACUCGGGUUUGGCGAACCCUUCGGUUGUCUUAAAACAAGGGGUUAUCACGAAUGGGUUGAUAUUAUUUUCCAGAACGUCCGUAUUGGAAGUCAGGUCAACGCUGUCAAAUUCUACCCACUCGGCGAGUUCCUCCUAGAGCUACUGCUGCCGGAGAGUUUGAAACGGAAACGUGAUGCUCACAAACAGCUGGCCUGGGCAAAGGCAGACCAGCGAAUGCAACUCGGGGUGACCGCCCAUGGCGACCUCAUGUCCCAGAUCCUGAAACACAACGACACCAUAUCCGGCAUGAGCCACGAGGAGAUCCGUGAGACCACGAGUCUUCUCAUCAUUGCGGGCAGCGAGACCACCGCGACAGCGUUGUCAGGCCUGGUUUAUUUGUUAGGUAUGCAUCCCCACCCCUACAAGCGGGUAGUGGAGGAAAUCCGGACCGCAUUUUCCAGCGAGGAAGAAAUCACCCUCCUGACAGCGAGCAAGUCGACCCAUAUAUGCAAGCUUGUAUAG